AUGCCGUUGCUCACGACCCUUAAGGCCGACGCACCCAGCAAUACUCACCGCAACAAGGCAACGGUGGAACGAUACACCAUUGGCUACCAUGUCAAGAAAACAGUGGAGAAGGUCGCCAAAUGGGGCCGCAAGGUUGGCCGACGCAUCGAACGCGGCGUCCAAAUUGCCCGGCGAUGGAUCGAACGCGGCCAGCAACACAUGGACACGGUCCAUCGGAGCAAAGGACUGGUCCAAGAAGUCGGUGGGUUCUUUGGACGUGGAUUGCAAGACGGCCAGCCGAAAGACAACGAAUACGACAGUACUGCUAAGACAGCAUAG